GAAAACAUCUAAGCAUGAAUUAAUUAUAAAUUAGUGUUCAUUAUUAUUACAUUACUAUGACGUGAGUUUUUUUUAACAUAUAGACAAAGAACUAAAAUGGCAAAGUGCAAAAUAAGCAAAAGUGUUUGAGAAGGAAGAGAAAGGAGGUUGGGAAAUAAGAGUGUGCGUGUGUGAAAAGUGUCAGUGAAAGUAUGGAUAGUUCACCGGAUUUGUCAUUAAAGCUCCGUCGGGGAUCUUCAGAUUCCCGGGAGUCUUUCUACAUGGACUUUGCUCAAGGGAUCGACUCAGACAUUGAAGAAGUCACCACAAUUGUAGAGCCACCUCCUGUGGCUCCUACUCUGGCUGAGCUUCCUCCGCCGCCUGAGUUGCCUGAUGUUGAGAAUGUUCCGAUCCUGGGCGAAGUUGGGGCUCCUCCGGUCAUUGCUGAGGAAGACGAAGUGAUUCUCAGUGAUGUUGGAGAGGAUGAGCAAGAAGUUAUUGAGAUGGAGGAGGAAGAAGUUGAUGAAGGAUUAGAAAUUGAGGCAGAAAAUGAAGUGGAAGAAGUUGUUCAGGAAGCCGAAGAGGAAGAACAGGAAGAAAAUUUUCGUGAAAAUCCUCCUGAGGUUGUUGUUGAUGAAGUGAAUUUAGAGGAAGUUGAUGAUGAGGCUCAGGAUGAAAAUGAAUUUAUCCAGGAGGAAGUACUAGAACAUGAAGAAUCGCCUGAAGAUGACACAGAAUCACAUACAACAUCUCUCCCACCUGCGCCACCUACCCCACCGCCUCCACUCACAGAUAUUGAUGGAAGCUCAAGCAAUGAUGUUGGCAGUGAACAAUUUGCUACAUCUCCAUCGCCAGUCAACGUUACGGUUAUUUCACCAGAAACCGUGAGUCAUCAAACAUCUCCAGCCAAAUCGCCAUCACCUGUGCAAAUGCCAAAGUCUCCCCCACCGUUGCAUCAUCAUGUUACAAUUGAUGAAAGUUCCCAAAGGACUUCUCGUGCCCAGAGUCCGCCGUCAACUAUCACAACUCGACCAGAAACGGCUUCAGUGGAACCUCUGAUCUCCCAUGAGUCUGAGACGUGCAUCGUGGAGACGACUACGAGGUCCUCCACGCCAAAUCAGGUGGCUCUCUCGACGCCAACAUGCUCAACUAGUGGCACAACUCAACACUUGGCACUCUUAUAUCAUCAUCAUACUCACCAUCAGCAUCUACAUCCCAUCCUCACACAAUCGAGAAAGCUCUCGCGCCUUCCGGAAACCUCCAUGAUGAGAUACUCAACGGGUUCUGUAAGAGAAAUCAGAGCAAUCGAUGCGUUCACUACCACACUGUCGGCUCUUUAUGGAAAAUUGAUUGUGAUUAUGGGGGUAGCAUUUCCGCUGUCUGAGGUUAUUUCUACGUACAUUCCACCGUCAUUCUACGAGAGUUUCUAUCUCUAUCUCUACAUCGGUAGUAUGGUAUUCCUUCUCUUCAUGUAUGCUACUCUUCUCUGGGGACGUCCAAAUCCAAAGACAAUCUAUACGACAAGUGUUAAUCAGAACAAAAAGUCUCCCCGGCGGAAUUCUUCAUGUAGCUCAAACAGUGGCAAUGAGUCAGAUAGAGAGAGUGAGACUGGAAGCUCAGGAAACAACAGGCGUCUCAAUGUUACCAUUUCACCACCUCCAAGGAGGCCUUCGCUACUGCCAGUCAGUGGGUCUGGCCAGCAGCACUAUGGGAGCUUCUACUUGAGAAUGGGAGCAGUUGCUUUUGGAAUUGGAAGUAUGAUUUACUCCGGACUGGAGUUUGGGCAGUACUUUGAACUUGAGAGGGAUACCAAGUGCCAUAAUGUCCUUCUGGCUUUAACUCCGGCAACCCGAAUGGCAUUCAUUUUCAUCCAAAUGUACUUUAUCUUCCUAAAUAAUGAGCAAAUUAAAGUAUAUCGGCACAAAAUUCUGGCACGAUUUGGACUAAUGCACAUGAUUGGUACGAAUUUGUCCGUUUGGCUGAAUGUCCUGAUUCAAGAGACGAAACAUGAGAUUCUCACUUUCUAUGAUCCGGAAAAUAGAACGUUAAAGAUCUCGCAUCGAUUGGGUCACAAAACAGCCCUUCAUCCACCAGAUACUUCCGUUCAUUUACGUGUUCCCCGAGGUCUUAAAGGACCCCAUCAUAUUUUUGAGUGCAGACGCACAAAUAUUAUCGGAACCCUUGUCCAGGAUGCCUCUCCAUUUCUCUUUCCCUGCACCAUUGAAUACUCUUUGAUUUGCGCUGCAAUUCUCUAUGUGAUGUGGCGGAAUGUCAGCAACCCACCGCAAGAACCUCCAGUCCGGAGAGAUUUGUCCUUCAAGAGAUCCCCUCAUCACUACUCAGUAGAUUGUGCUAGGGCUCAUAAGGGACUUUUUAUCGGAAUUCUUAUUUUGGUACUCACGAUAAUUUCACUUAUUUUGUUCUUUGUACUGAUCUCGAGGCCGGAAUUUGUGAGUUUGGCCGUGACUGAAGUGACUGUCUGUGAAUUGACGCUGUAUGCAACAGCUACGAUAGCUACUUUGAUUGGGAUGAUUCAGGUGCGACACCUGCAGUACGAUGCCGAAAGAAGUUUCCAAUUGGAUGAUAUUUUACUGGUUGGUGCUCAGUCGGGCUUGUUCCUCUACAGUACUUUUACGGUAAUUGGAGGACAUUUUACUAUGCGAAAAGAUACGAUUCUGGUGCUGAUAAAUGCCCUGGCAUCUAUUGUUCAGACAGCAUGUCAGACAAUGUUUAUUUUGGAUGCUGGACGACGAAAUGCUGCAACUCCUGAGCAUAUUCGUAAGAAGCCAGGUAGGGAGAUUGUGACUUUUCUGCUGGUAGCAAAUCUAGCCAUGUGGGCUAUUAGUACACUGGAGAAAUCCAGAGCAGAAAGUCAUCCGAUUCAACUGAAUUUUUAUGGACUUUGGGCAUGGACAAUUAUAACGCACGUAUCCAUGCCUUUGGCCAUCUUCUACAGGUUCCACAGUACAGUGUGCCUCUGUGAGAUCUGGAAGAGGGCGUAUAAGCUCAAGCCCACUUACAUGUGAAAAUUUACGAGGGAAACUACUGGACCUUUUUAAAGAGGGCUUCUUCUCUUGCCAAACGAAAGGUACAGAAAAUUAAUUUUGUUUUUGUUUACUAAAAAUACGAUAAAAGAUUAUGCCUGGCGCACAAUAAGUUUUGUAAACAUAUUUUUGGCAUUUCAAUGAGAGUGAGUGAGAUCUACAUCUAGUCAUCUCGCUCACUCUUAUAGGAAAUUUUGAAAACAUGUUUAUAAAUAAAAGUUAUUGUGCGCUGGGCAUUAUUUUGUUCAGAUUUCUUAUUCCCAACGCACAAUAACUUUUGUUUUGUAAACAUGUUGUUGAUAUUUCAGUGAGAGUGAAUGAAAUCUAGAUCUAGUCAUCUCGCUCAUUCUCACAGGUAAUUUUGAAAACACGUUUACAAACAAAAGUUAUUGUGCGUUGGGCAUUAAUCUAAUGCACAACGCACAAUAACUUUUGUUUAGUAAACAUGUUUUUGACAUUUCAAUGAGAGUGAGUGAGAUCUAGAUCUAGUCAUCUCACUCAUUCUCAUGGGAAAUUUUGAAAACAUGUUUACAAACAAAAGUUAAUGUGCUCUGAUCAUAAUGCCCAACGCACAAUAACUUUUAUUUGUCAACAUGUUUUCAAAAUUUUCUAUGAUAUAACUAGAUUUUUGUUUCUUUCAGUCUCAUUGAAUUUCUAAAAAGAUGUUUACAAAAAUAACUGUGCGUUGUGCAUAAAAUAGAAGUUUGAGUUUUUUUGUCUUGUUUAUUUUGCUACUUUUUUUAAUAUUCAAAUUCCAAUUUUUAUAAGUUUUUUUUUUUAAGAAGAGGAACAAGAAAAGAACAUUUUACAUUUUUUAAAGAUUUUUGGUCGCAAACCUUACGCGCAAAACAUUUAAAAAAAGUCCUCUCAAAUGAAUGAUUAUGCUGAAAAUCAAUAUACUCUUUAAUAUUUACCAUGUAGGUAUUCAAAAACAAAAUAUUAAUCACUGUCUCUCUACAAUUUUUAAUGGUUAAGUAUUUUUUUCUAAGAAAAAUUUAAAAAAAAAGAUCUUAGUCUUUCUAUUAAAAAGAAACAAUGAAUAAUCAAACGACAAAAAUGAAACUUAUCCCAAAGAGAAAUCUAGUGUUAAAUUUAAAAAAAUAAAUUGUACUAUUUUCUUUUCAUUCCUUUAUAUACAGUGACGAAUUAAAUAAAACAAAAUUUUGUUGUUUUUCGACGAAUAGAUGCAGGUGACUUAUAUAAAAUGACACAAAAAAAAGAAAUUUUGAAGAUUGUAGAAAUUACGGGAACAAAUCUUUUUUAUCAACUUUUUGAUCCAUUGUACAUUUUGUAGAAGUGAGAGUAGUUUUGAUGAGAUUUUUAGGAAUGAUAAAAAAGUAAAUAUUUUUUCAUAAUUGCUUUCUCACAAUCUCCAUUCUAGGUGAAUCUUUUACUUUCUUAUUAUGUAGGUUAGAUAUUUUAUCAAAAUGAAAAAAAAGAACUGUAAUUUUAAAAAUAAGUGAAAAACGUUAGAAUUAAAAAAAAAUGUGAAAAAAAUCUGUGCGAAACGUGUAAUAUUUUUUGCAUUUUUUGCAAUUAACUUUUUAUUAAAGAGAGAUGUCAUGAAAUAAUUCUAGUUACGUGCUUGGCUAAGAAGAUUUUUAUUCGAGUUGCUAAUUGAUAACUAUUUUGUUGUUUUUUAGUCAGCAAUAUUUUUUUGUGUUUUAUCGAGUUUUCGACAAAUAAAUUAUACCCGAUUACCCGAUAUAUAUAUUGAAUAUUCUGAAUAGCCGGGAUAAAGUAUGUAGCUGUAAGUUCAUUUGUUUUUGAUCUAAGAAGUUAUUGCUUGUGAAUUAAAAGAAUCAGCACAGAAAAAUAUAAUUGUAAUCAAAAUGUUCUACCGAAAAUCAACCAUCUGUGUGUUUGUCCUCAACAAAGGUUGUAGGUGAGAAUUUUUUUUGUAACUUAUUGAAUUAAUAACAUUAAACGAUAUUUACUAUAAA